UUUAUUAAUUCAUGGUCGAAAAGCUACCCACGGUAAGAGAAAGAGAGGGUAGAGAGUCUCAGAGUUUGAGUAUCUGCGUAUCUGAAGUAUUCAAUCUGCGACAACUUCAUUCCAUUAUAUGCGCCAUGUCCUCCCACGCUCUCCUCGAUCCACGCCCCCUAGAUGUUCUUGACGGGUUAUACACCAGGGAUUUUACCCCUGGGUCAGCGGAAGAUUUAGCCAACUCGGAUGACUAUCUAUAUUCAGCUUCGAACAAUCCCGUCGCAUCGGUGGGUUCGUCAUCCAACCAUCAGCAACUGAUCGGAGCCAGCGCUGGUACUUUCGAAUACGGCCAUGAUAUCUAUACAUCUGCGCCGCCGGCAGACGGAACCUGCUUGAUACAAAAAUUGCCCACUGACAUUAUUCUAACGAUACUGGACCAUCUCGAUCUCAUCCAAUCCACCUGCUUAGGGCUGACCUGCAAGAGUUUUCACAGCAUCCAUUGGGCAUUACACGGACCGGUCCGGCUCGGCACGAUAACCGUCUGCGAGAGAUUCGCGUUCCUGUCCGUUUGGCAUCUGUAUGAAAUGAUAAGACAGUGGAUGGCGCCCAAGUAUCAAUGGGAUGAACAUUAUGAGACGUUCCGCCUCAAGCAGAACAUGUGGACGGCGAUGCCCGAUGCUGUGGGGUACUGGCGAAGAAGAGGUAAAAAGGAGGCAGACGUCGUAAUGGGGUGAUGAAAUCAUGGGACCUGACAGACUUCAUGGAUCCGAGAAUGCGAUCUGGUUCGCAAACGCGAAUCUUCCUUGCCAGGAGGGGAUC